UAUGCGUCGCAUUCGCUUCAGUUCAUCAUAGAUCGUCCAUUCGCCGGGAAAAUAACACGGCGUCGAACGUUGUUUUUGCGGAAAAUUGCGGAUUGCCGAAAUUCAUUCACAUUUAGCUAUUCUAUCAUUCUGCGCGAAAAGUUCGGAUCCCGAAAUGAGUGGAUAUCGCGGAAAUAAACGCCAACAUUAUGGCAAAGGCAGUGCUCGGCGCGGAAGAGAUCACGAAAAUGUGGCAGUGGAUGAAAAUAAUCCGAUCAUACAGUGUUUUCGCGAAUAUGCUACAAUACUAGACGCGAAGCACGACAAAUACGAACGCAUCGUGAAAAUCAGCCGGGAUAUAACGAUCGAAUCCAAGCGAAUUAUCUUUCUCCUGCAUACCAUCGAUCCUAGGAAAAAUAAUUUGCAAAAAGUUUGCAACGAAGCGAAGGAUCGACUGGAAGCUAUUUUUCGCAAUCAUUUUGUUAACAUAGCAAAAGAGCUUAAGGACCAGGAUCCUUACCAGUAUACACGAGCCUACACCAAUGGAAUGCAAGAAUUUAUUGAGGCUUACACAUUUUAUGAAUAUUCUUGCGGAAUGGAUAUAUCGCAUUGGGACGCAAUUCAGAAGAAGCUGACUUAUUCAUCGGACCAAAACGUCGAUUCACCAAGCAAUGCUAGAAGCAUUACAGAAAAACCCCUUAAUGAGCCAACCGAUACCGAACCUGACGAGCAAAAGAGGUCGAAUGAAACCACUGGAGAAACAAUGAAGCUGACUUGCUUACUUCAUCCCCAAGACUUUGUACUUGGUCUGGGUGAUCUUAGCGGCGAGAUAAUGCGAACGUGCAUUAAUUCUCUUGGAUCUGGAAAUUCGGAGAGCUGUUUUCUGCAUUGUCGUUUUAUGCAGGAGCUAUACAAAGGAUUCCUAAGCGUGACGUCCAUACGGAGCAGGGAUUUUUCUCAUAAGAUGAUGACUUUACGGCAAAGUUUGCUCAAAAGUGAGAACGUUUGCUAUAAUGUGACGGUACGAGGAGGUGAAGCGGCCAAAUGGGGAACUACAGAUGAAACAUCGGGAGCCAUGUUCCAGCUGCAGCCUUCAAAGGACGACGACGAUGAGGGGGUAUACUUUUGAUCUGCUGCUCGUGGGUCCUGAUUUCAGUAUAAGGUAGGGAGAUCAAUUUGAUCCUAAGCUUUGAUGAAGUUAGUAAAUUAGUUCUAAGAGAUUAUAUGAAGUUACAUUUCGUAUCUGCUGCGUGAAUGACAGGAAAUGAAAGAGAUGAAGUUUACAUAUUCAGAAUUUCUUGACAAAUUAGAAACAUCUUGCGUUUUUCGGCAAAUUCUACUUUCCAUGGUAGCAUAAUGUACUUAUGAGAUUAUUCCAGCAAAUAGUUUGUGUUUGGUUUCAUCCAAGGGCAUUUUCAAAAUCCGUUUUCAAAUAAUAUUUUAGGUUGUGUUUUACUAGAUUUUUACACUGAAGCCGUUUGAAAAUUUUUGAUGUAAACUAAAAUUUAAAUUUUAAUGAAAUUUGCUUUCCGCUCAAAUUGUGUAUUUUUUCGCAGGCGGUUAGAGUGUGUAGUUAUUCCGUUCCUUUGAGUAUCACUGAAAUCGUUAUUGCACUAAGUUAAACUGUUUUUUUUUUUAUAAAUGUCGAUUCUUUUGUCGCUUGUGUGCUGAGUUUGACCUGCUUGACCUGAUUGCUAGAUAGUUUAAUCCACUUUAAAUGAUCAUAUUAGGGUAGUUAAGGCAGAAAAAUCAUAAAAUACCCUAACAGCUUUCCAGACUAACACUAACAUGUUUUCAUACAUUUUCAGGCGAUGGUUAAACUUUAUUGAUUUAUAAGAAAAAUGUCUUUGUGGGAUGGAUCGAUGGUUAUUUAAUGGAUGAUUACAAUUCUGGAACGCUACGCUACUGUAUUCUUUCAGAAUUGUAAAAAAAUCUUUGCACCUUAUUCUGCCGCUUAAAUAACAAAAUAUAUAGAGGUAUUUCUGGUAA